CAAUAAUUCCAGGACGAUGAAGCAGCGCGAUCUGUUGAAGGUGACGGCGCUGUUGGUGCUGCGAGUCGAGUGAUCGGGUGAAUGCAUUGAGCUGAACAUAUUCAUUCCAAUAUUAUUGACUCUGUCAGAGCCGCGUGAAGCGAUUGCUUAAAGAGCAGAAGGACAUGGGCCAAGUGAGCGAAGCCGCUGUUGUCGCUUGCUGUUUUCGUGCGGGAUCUUGCUACCAAAAUGCAGCGACAGGCAGUGGAAGGAGUCGGGCUGACACCAGUUGAAUUGAAGAAGAGCGUAUUAGCUUGUGGAGAACUCAAUUUCCUGCAUAACAAGGUGACGGCCAUUGACGAGAGCGAUAUUAAGUACCGCAAACCUGCUCGAGGAGGCAAGAAGCGGAUCCUGAAGGCUGCCGCCAAGGACUCAACAACCACAAAAAAAGCGCGGACAACGAAGACGAAAAAGGCAGCAUCAGCAACCGCAACGGGUUUAGAAAAGACAACCAAGCUAGCUGGUAAUAGCGGUGACGAUGGCAACGACAACGUUACAGUCACCGAGAAGGCUGCGUCAUUAAUAACCAAGGCGCGAGCAUUGGAGGUUGAGGAGGACGAUGACUAUGAUGAAAGUGACAGUGACGCGUGAAUUUCUAGGAAGGAUAAUGCUUUCUAUUGCCACACGACGGUGCUCUCAAAACAAACUUACCAAUCGAGGGCUUCUAUCUACAUGAAAUACAACCGUCCAAGUAUUUUGUGCCACUGACUGCGGCUUCAACCUGUCGAGUUGGUUUAACUCGUCUUGCUAUCAAGCAAAGACUGCCAUGUGGGGCCAAACAACAAGUCGCGCGAAGGUGAUCGGCGGAUAGUUGCCUGUUGGAACAUGACGUUGCCCGGCGCAGGCGUGGCAGGAGAUACACUUGCCUCGCCGUUAGCAGCUGUAGGAGUCGACGGGUGCGGAGGUAGAGGUGGUAGAGCUGCCGAGGGCUUCGCGUCCGUGGAUGCUGCCUUCGCUGCAGUCGGCGACACCUGAUCAUCUCCAGGGAAGAAGAAGCCGUGCAUGCGAGCGACGACCUCGUCGGCCUCCUUCUGCUGGAGCACAAACGACAGGUUUAGAUCUUCAGCAGACUCGCUAAGCAGCAGUACGUCGUAGUUCUCAAGCACGCUGAAAACACAGCCGAGCUCCGCCAGCGCCUUACGCAGACCUCGACCCACAAUCGAAACCACCGAGCAGUCCUCGAACACGCGCACCUUCGAGUGUUCAUUCAGUGCUUCGAGCAACUGCUGGAACGGCGCGCCCUGGACGCCACCGGGAAUGUGGUCUAGCGUUACCGUCACGGAGAACUGCGACGUCGCGAUAAGAUCCACCGAAAUGCCGCAAGCCUCGAACGGAGCGAACACCUUGGCUAAGAAACCCGACGUACUGUACAUGUCGAAUGCUGUGAUACUGAGCGUCGUCAUGUUCUGUCGCUUCACCACAGCUAGAAUCUUCGGGCUGCCGUGGUGUGCCUUGUCCGCCUCGGUAGCGGGGUGAAUGACAGUCUUGGCACCGUUAGGGUCGUUGGUGUUGCGGAUUUCGAGCGGCACCUUGCCCCACUGCGCUGGAAUGAUGCAACGGGGGUGCAAUACCUUGGCGCCCAUAGCAGCCAGCUCCUGUGCCUCACGAUAAUCCAAAUCCUUGAUGAGACGGGCGUUAGGCACGUAACGCGGAUCGGUCGUGAACAUGCCGUGCACGUCCGUCCAGAUUUCGUACUUCUGGGCACCCAGCAGGGAGGCAAACAGAGAGCCUGAGGUGUCACUGCCGCCACGACCCAGCACACACGUCGCGCCUGUGCUCGUGCUGGCAAUGAAUCCCUGCGUAAGCACAACGCUCUUACCAUUUGCCGCGUUCUCGGCCUGUUCGCGGUCCAGUCGAGGGUUCACCUCUGCCUGUAGAUACCUAUCCUCUUCGGACUUGGCACUGGUGGGGUCGCUUACCAGGAGAUCUCUAGCAUCCACUCGCUCCACGUCCGUGAGACCAUUGUGAACCAUAAUACAUCUACCCAAGUGAGUUGAAAGCAGCUCUCCGAAUGCUAGAACGCGCGCCUGGAUGCCGGGCGAGGCCUCCUCUGUGAGUUUAAUGCCUUCCAGUACGCGAAUGAGGUUCUUUAGCUCCUCAAGCAGCGGGUGCAACGUCUUGGGCAGUAGCGGGUCGAUGGGCGACGUGGAGAACGACGAUCCGUCUUCGCCGUGGCUCAUCACACUAUCCAUCCAGAGCUGCUGCCAUCGAUCGUGCAGCUCCACGCUUCCCUCCACACCUUCGAGCGCCGGCAACAGGCCCACUUCAUAAGCCAGCGAGAAGUGUUGCAGCGCAAUGUUGGUUGCCAGUUCGGUGUGGCUACUGCCGCGUUCACUCGCUAGCGCUAGCGCUCGCGUGAGUUUGUUGGUAAUUUGGGACAGCGCUGAGAUGGUGACCCACACGCGCGGAGACGACGGAGACUCGAGGUGCGAGCGGAUUUGGUCGCAGAUACAGCGCCAGCGAGCGGCGGUCGACACGCUUGUGCCGCCAAACUUGAGUACUACCCACGGGGAUGACGAGGCCAUAACUACUUGUGACACAAGCGAGGAAUCGGGGAAUGACGCACUUCCCCUCCAGUGAAAAAACGCAGUGGGAUUGGUGGGGAAACAAAUCGGCGUGUUCGAUUAGGGACAGUUUUUCUCGGACAUAACAGCUGAUUCGCGUAUUUGCUUACAUUUUUCUAGCUAAAAUAGGCACUUAACUCCGGACACCGAUUACCAACAGAAGUUUCUUAUGGAC